UGUUCCUAAUAUUUUGUAAUUUCGUCUUUAUAACCGAAAUUAUUUAAAAGAUUUUUGGUUUUCCUCUUCGUACAUCUGUUAAAUCCCAUAAUAAUCAUAUCAUAUGUAUUAAUUAUUUUUUUAGAAAGUAUAGUAAUUGAUUUGACUGUAGUAGUGAAACAAAUUUCAAACGUUCCAGUCUGAAGUGUGACCGCUAGCUCGAUAUAACUGUCAAUCUGGGUGUAGAAAUUUAUUUUGUAAUUUUCACCGGUUUUUAUGUGUAAUUUCCUAAUGUGUUAGACUAUUAUUAAUUAAACGCGGAUAGCGAAAUAAUGUUCUAUAGUGUAUGUGGUGCAUAAACCUGUGUAAAAAUGGAUGACGGUACUGUGAAGAUCCAGUCUGGAAUUAACAUCAACAUAAAAAGAACAGAUGGUCGCAUCCACUCGGCUAUCGUUUCGGGGGUCAAUCAUGAGUCGAGAUCGGUCACAGUGGAAUGGUACGAGCGUGGCGAGACGAAGGGUAAAGAGGUGGAGAUCGACGCCAUCAUCGCCCUCAACCCUGAGCUCGCCAUCGGACCCCGCCACCACACGCCGCAUUUACAGCCCAUGCCCAACAAACUCGCUAGGGAUAUGACGCGGCAGUCCAUUCCAGUGGCGACGAAAGCGCCAUCUCGUGUCACCCGCAACAAUCAGAUGCGGUUGUCGAAUGCAGGCGGGGCAUACACCAAUGGCCACGGCGGGGACACGACGGGCCGGCGGGGGGCGGAGAACGUGCCUCCGCAGCAGCCAACCCAGCAACCGCCACCCAACUCCAGGGUUACACAACAGUUCAACGCCCCCGCGACGGGCGUGGGCGGGGUGACCGCGAGGGGGGCGGCCGCGGUGUCGAGCACGGUGUCGGUGCCGCACGCGGUGGCGUCCGGCGCGGUGCGGCGCUCCAACGUCGUCAAGGAGGUGGAGCGCCUCAAGGAGAACCGCGAGAAGAGGCGCCAGCGGCAGGCUGAACUCAAAGAGGAAAAGGAAGCCCUAAUGAACAUGGACCCUGGCAACCCCAACUGGGAGUUCCUAGCAAUGAUCCGCGACUACCAGAGCAGCAUCGAGUUCCGGCCGUUGACGGGCAACGAACCCGUGGAAGAUCACCAAAUAACAGUAUGCGUGCGGAAGAGGCCGCUCAACAAAAAGGAACUAACUAAAAAGGAGGUGGACGUAAUCAGCGUGCCGACACGGGACCAGAUGAUCGUCCACGAGCCCAAGAACAAGGUGGACCUCACCAAAUACCUGGAGAAUCAGAAGUUUCGCUUCGACUACGCCUUCGACGAUUCGUGCACCAAUGAAGUUGUUUAUAAGUAUACAGCGAAGCCGUUAGUGCAGACGAUAUUCGAGGGCGGCAUGGCGACCUGCUUCGCAUACGGACAGACGGGCUCGGGGAAGACACACACCAUGGGUGGAGAUUUCCAGGGUAAGACCCAGGACUGUAAGAAGGGUAUAUAUGCAAUGGCGGCGCGAGACGUGUUCGCGUACCUCAAGUCGCCCAAAUACAAGCCACUGAACCUCAUCGUAUCGGCAUCGUUCUUCGAAAUAUAUUCUGGGAAGGUGUUUGAUUUGCUAGCGGAUAAGGCGAAAUUGCGUGUACUAGAGGACGGCAAACAGCAAGUGCAGAUCGUUGGACUAACAGAGAAGGUGGUGGACAAUGUCGACGAGGUCCUCAAACUUAUACACCACGGGAACGCAGCCAGGACUUCCGGACAGACAUCUGCGAACUCGAACUCGUCGCGGUCUCACGCGGUGUUCCAGAUCAUCGUGCGGUCGCCUGGCAUGCAUCGCGUACACGGGAAGUUCUCGCUCAUAGACCUCGCCGGCAACGAGCGCGGAGCAGACACCUCCUCCGCCAACCGGCAGACCAGAAUGGAGAGCGCGGAGAUCAACAAGUCUCUGCUGGCGCUGAAGGAAUGCAUCCGCGCUUUAGGCAUGAAAGGCAACAACCACCUGCCGUUCCGCGUGUCCAAGCUCACGCAGGUGCUGCGGGACAGCUUCAUCGGGGACAAGUCGCGCACCUGCAUGAUCGCCAUGAUCUCGCCCGCCAUGUCCUCCUGCGAACACUCGCUCAACACGCUCCGAUACGCCGACAGGGUGAAAGAGCUGGGUACGAGCGAGGGUCGAACGCGCGUGGAGUCUCCGACCGGGGAGUUGCCUGUCGACUGCGACGUGGACAUGGAACCCGCACCCCGACGAGACAGAGACGACCUCGCGCAGCUGCGCUCCCUCAACGAGGGUGAUAUGUCAGCGGAAAUGUACACGUUCCACGAAGCGAUCGAUGAGCUGCAGCGCGCCGAGGAAGAAGUGCUGGACAAUCACAAGGCCAUCUCGGACUACCUGCAGCACGCGCUGCAGCGCUGCAACCAGCUGCUCGCCAUCACCAGGGACGUCGACUACGACCAAGACGCUUAUGCGACGCAGUGGGAAGAGUUACUGAACGAACAGCUCGCAGUGCUGGCCCAGUCUCGGGAUCUCGUAGCUGAGUUCCGGUCUAAGAUGCAACAAGAAGAACACAUCUCGCGGCGCAUACAGCCGUCGCGACAUCAUUAGCCGCCAUCAGGCAACUGGCCACUCACACAAACAGCGGCUCCGAUGGACUAGCAUCCAGGGCCGUAAACAAUUUAAAAACAAAGAGCAAGCGGUUACGUAGCGUCGAUAUGUGUAAUUUUAUAAAUUUAUUUUUGAUUUUAAAACGGCGAAUACAGAGGUUUAAGUUUAAUUUUGGCUGUAAAUGUACAGUAUAUAGGGAUUUAGCUAUUUCGGAGGUUAAAAGAAAUCAAUAUUUGUGUUGUAUAACCCAUCGAGUUGAAUAGGUUAUUCGUUUUAAGGGUGUAAUGUUAUGAUGCAGUAAAUUUUAUUCAGCGGGUUAUUCACGCGUUGAAAAUGGAACGUUCAAUUUAGAAUCUCGCUAGUUGGGUUACUUGUAAAAUGAUCUCUAAAUCAUGACAAUUAGAAUGUUAUUUAGUAUGUACGCUUCGACGCUACGUGCACGCACGCACUAAACUGACUGGGUGUAAUGUCAAGUCACAAUUUGAAAGCAACUUAAGUGUUUCCUGUGUAAAUUAAAUAAUCAGUAUUGAAUUCUGAAUGUCCAUGUUAAUUGUAGCUGGCCUACUCUUCAAUUAUCUUUAGAGGUAACUCCGGAAUACCGCAAGUUGUGACUGUGGUCUGUUCGAAUUGUAUUUUCGUAUAAAGCUUAGUAUACAUUGGACUAUGUCGAUGUAAAGUGUGCCGUCGUGUUAUGAAACGAUAGACUGUUUACUAUAGUGUGUUCCAAGCACAAAGUCCCGUCUUUUUACAUCUAGUGGGCGGAUACGUGAUGUAGGUACGUACUAAUUGUUGCCCGUUAUUUUUGAAACGUAUAAACCCGUUCUAUUACAGUGAUUUGUGAAAUUCAUUUAAUUUCAUGACAUGGGUGAGAUAUACAGUUUGUCUCGUCUAUUUCAGCCGCCAAGCCGCUUGGUUAAAGGUUAAUAAGGCAAUAAAAUUACAGAGUAUAGAGACAGUAUAUAUCAGAUCACGUGAU